AUGGCGGUGGCAAUUUGUAAUGGUGAUGCCGUGAUGGUGGCUCGAUUAUUGGUGGUGUCGAAGAACAAGAAGAAGAAGCCAAAUCACAAUAACCAGACCGGUGAACAGAAUCAGAAUCAGAAUCAGAAUGAAAAAGAAAAUGAGAAUGAAAAUGAAAAUCAGAAUCAGGAGGAAAAUAACACUAAUGCAGAUGAAAAGAGGGAUGAAAAUGCGGACGAAAAGGGUGAUGAAAAGGGUAAGGAAUCGAAAUCCGACAAGCAAAACACUGGAGUGAUUGUGUUAGGAGUUCACCUUCAUUGUCAAGGUUGUGUUGAAACGGUAGUGAAAUCACUCAGAGGAUUUGAUGGAGUGGAAGAAAUUGAGCCAAAUGCAAAAGAUAGCAAAGUGACUGUGAAAGGCAAAUCGGCAGAUCCAGUGAAGGUUGCAGAGCGUGUUAGGCGCAAAACUGGCAAGCCUGUGGAGCUGAUUUCGCCUAAACCAAAGAAAGAGGCUGACAAGAAAGACAAGGAUAAGAAGUCGGAGAAGAAACCCGAGGCACCAAAGGUUAUUGAGACUGUGUUGAAGAUCCACUUGCACUGCGGGGGUUGUGCUAAGGAAGUUAAGCAUUGCAUCCUCAAGAUGCACGGUGUCCAAACAGUCAAUGCUGAUAUAAACACAUCGCAUGUGACCGUAAAGGGGGCUUUUGAUCCAAAAAAUCUGAUAGCACAUAUUAGCAAGAGGGCAGGGAGGCAUGCAGAGGUUGUGAAUCCGAAGAACAAACAGAACAAGAACAAGGACAAGGACAACAACAAUGAUGGUGAACCGAAUGAAAAGAAUGAUGAGAACCCUAAUGAAAAGAACAAACAGAACAAGAAAAAGCAUGAGGGCUCUCCAUACCCAGACUUUCCUUCAGAAGUUGUUUAUGCUCCACAACUAUUUAGUGAUGAGAACGCUAAUGGCUGCUCCAUAAUGUAG